CCGGCCUAGGGUUAGGCUCGGAGCGAUCGGAGCCCCGGUCUCGGAGGCCAAAUUCGUGUGGACUAGAGCUUAUCAUUUUCAUAUCUCAGGUAGGCGGCAGCAGGCGUGCGGCGAGCUGCAACGAAGCCGGAGGCGAUGGCUUGGCUGGGAGCCCCUCUUUCCCCGUCGUCGUCUUCGCAAGUCAUUGCCCGGACCCGGAGUACGGUGAUGCAAGCUUGGUCUGGUCUGAUCCACGGAGUCCCAGAGCUGAAUGCUCCAAUCAUCCAUCCAAUUCCAAUCCCAUCCACAAGUAGAACUCGGCGGCCGGGCAAGAAAAGGAAAGGGCAAGCAGACCUGACUUCUUUUCUUAUGGCUCGAAGUAACCACAGCCAUAUCCAGCUGCCAGAGAUGGAUCAUAUUCAACCCAUGAAUGUUCCACACAAUGAAUCCCUGCCUUUAGGUCAGAAGCUUCUAGUGCAUCAUCAAAAUGAUGCACCCCUUAGAAUUGGCCAUUCAAGUCAUGGGAAUGUGACAGUUAGAUCAAAUGACCUUCCAUCUUCAAGUCACCCUGUGCAAACUCUAGGUUAUAGAGUUGGGAACCCAGGAACCUCACAUGCUCCCUUUGUUCAUUGUCCUGCUGGAAGCUCCAGCAGCCAUUUAGCAGAGCCUGCUGUGAGUUAUCCACAUAGAUCUGAGGAAGGCUUUGCUCCAGUGAGCUCCCAUAUGGAGAACAGAAGGGCCGCAGUGAAACGAAAAAAUCCCAUCAUAAACCCUGUGGGGAUCAGUGCUAAUGGUUAUUAUGUUGGAAGCUCUUCCAAUACUCAGUUGUCUAACUCAGUGCAGCCAAAUCCUGCUCCACUUGCUGAGCCCUUUCUUCCUCAAAUGCCUUUAAGAAUUAGCCAAAGUGGUUGGAAUGGCCAACACUUAAUCCAUCAAGAAGGAUUUCAAAGGAAUGUCAGAGCACGACACAAUCAUAAUAUUUCACUGGAACCUGUACUGGCUCCAGCUCACACAGCAAACACCAUUCAUCUCCCGCCAUUUAGUUCAGCUGCAAGUGCUGUUUCCCUAGGUACAUCAGUGGAAAGGAACCAAGCAACUGUUUCUGCGCCAGCAAGAACUGUACCAUCAGGUGCUCCAGGACUCGCUAGCGGGGCUCUGGAGAGGACUUACUAUCCUGCUAUUGGAAGCAGCAACUCAAGUGUUGGUGCUGUCCCAACUGCCCCAUCAUCCGGCAGUGCAACAUUUGCUAAUGGUGGCUAUGCUCCUAGGACUGUUCAUGGUGGUGCUGUUCAUGUCUACUCUCAUCUAGCUCCUGCAACUUCCUCUGGCCCUAGAGCAAUGCCCGUUGAGACAGUCAUUCGGAGCUAUCCACCUGCUAUCUCUGCAGCUACAUCUACAUCCGUGCGAAUGCAACCAUUACCUGCCAGAUCUGCUGCAUCUUCUAGACAUGCAAGGCAUAUAUCUGUGGGGCAUGCUAGUAAUGGAAGGAAUAGAAGGGCUAGGAGUUCUUACUAUGGUUUUCAUCCUUUGAUGAUCGAGGCAGAGCGGUUUAUGAUGCUGGACCAAUUGGUCUUUUAUGAAUCAAGAGCAGCAGCUGCUGACCCCCACAGGGACAUGAGACUGGACAUUGACAACAUGAGUUACGAGGACCUGUUGGCUUUGGGAGAAUUUAUGGGUAAUGUCAACACAGGCUUGGCUGACGAAAAAAUUUCGACGUGUGUGAGAGAAGUGGUCUGCUGCAGCCCUGACCAAACGCAAAACGAUCAAGAUGACCAAGAUGACGGGAGCUGUGUCAUUUGCCUGGAGGAUUACAAAGACAAGGAUGUGCUGGGAACACUGAAAUGCAACCAUGACUUCCACGCAGAUUGCAUCAAGAAGUGGCUGCAGACGAAGAAUUCAUGCCCGGUGUGCAAAGCAGCCGCGGCUUAGGACACCAGUGGAGCACCAAUUGUGCUCCUCGAUCCAUUGAUUUUAGGCUCAGGUCAUAUUAUCCCAUUCUAUUCUUUUCCCCCUAGCAAUGUAAAUAAAUGCUAAGGUGAUGAAUCAAUUAUUCCAUGGGUUGCAGUAAGCCCAAAUUCUUUUGUUGUAGUGUAACAAUCAAGUAGUGUAACAAUCAAGUUAAAGUAAGUUAACCAUCAAGUGGUUACAUGCUCA